GAAGAAAUUGAACUCAAACUUGUCUGGUAGCAUCCGAUCCAAAUGCUGAAGAUAAGUUCCAAGAGAAUGAUUCCAAGCUCCUUAGUUAUUCCACCAAGAUACAGACGACAUCUCUUAGUUCUAUCCGAAGAUGCAUCCACUUCUUCUUUGUCACUUCGUCGUCCCAUGACAACUUCAUCGCACAGAAACACCUGACCUUGCAACACUACAAUGGCGACAUGGCAUUAAUCUUGAUAAGCUUCACAGCUCUGAAUUGUUAGUUUGAGUCUGGCUUGCAAGAAGAGGGGCAUGUUCCAGGACGACAUGCUGUCGUCAGCGACAUCAUCGCCGGCGUCGUCGGUGUACUCGCCGGCGUCGUCGAGCGGCGCGUGGGUGCAGGAGCUGAGCCAUGACCAGCAGAGCGUGCGGCUGAUCGGCCUGCUGUACCAGUGCUCCGCCGAGGUGGCCGCCGGCUCGUUCGACCGCGCCAACCUCUGCCUGGAGCACAUCACGCAGCUCGCGUCCCUGGACGCGCCGCACGCGCUGCAGCGCCUCGCCGCCGUCUUCGCCGACGCGCUCUCGCGCAAGCUGCUCAACCUCGUCCCGGGCAUCUCGAGCGCGCUGCUGUCGUUGGCCAACUCCGCCGACGCCCACCUCAUCCCCGUCGCGCGCCGCCACAUGUUCGACGUGCUCCCGUUCCUGAAGCUUGCGUACCUGACCACGAACCAUGCCAUUCUUGAGGCCAUGGAGGGCGAGAGGUUCGUGCACGUCGUCGACUUCUCCGGCCCGGCCGCCAACCCGGUGCAGUGGAUCGCGCUGUUCCACGCCUUCCGCAGCCGCCGCGAAGGCCCGCCGCACCUCCGCAUCACCGCCGUCCACGACAGCAAGGAAUUCCUCGCGACCAUGGCCACCGUGCUGUCCAAGGAGGCCGAGGCGUUCGACAUACCGUUCCAGUUCAACGCCGUGGAGGCGAAGCUCGACGAGAUGGACUUCGACGCCCUCCGCCACGACCUCGGCGUCAGAUCCGGCGAGGCGCUGGCCGUCAGCGUGGUGCUUCAGCUGCACCGUCUCCUCGCCGUCGACGACGGGAGGAGGCACGCCGCCGCCGGCUGCCUCACCCCGCUCCAGAUCAUCGCGCGCUCCAGCCCGAGAAGCUUCGGCGAGCUGCUCGAGCGGGAGCUGAACACGCGGCUGCAGCUGAGCCCCGACGCGCCCGUGGUGUCGUCGCUGUCGCCCAACUCCCCCGCAGUCACGGCGCCGCACGCGACGCCGAAGCUGGGGAGCUUCCUGUCGUCGGUGAGGUCGCUGUCGCCGAAGAUCAUGGUGAUGAUGGAGCAGGAGGCGAACCACAACGGCGGCGCGUUCCAGGAGCGGUUCGACGAGGCGCUCAACUACUACGCGUCGCUGUUCGACUGCCUACAGCGGAGCUCGGCGCCGGCGGCGGAGCGCGCGCGCGUGGAGCGGGUGGUGCUCGGGGAGGAGAUCCGCGGCGUGGUGGCGUGCGAGGGCGCGGAGCGGGUGGAGCGGCACGAGCGGGCGCGGCAGUGGGCGGCGCGGAUGGAGGCGGGCGGGAUGGAGCGGGUGGGGCUGAGCUACAGCGGCGCCAUGGAGGCGAGGAAGCUGCUGCAGAGCUGCGGGUGGGCGGGGCCGUACGAGGUGCGGCACGACUCCGGCGGCCACGCCCUCCUCUUCUGCUGGCACAAGAGGCCUCUCUACGCCGUCUCCGCAUGGCGGCCGGCGACGUCGUGCCGCCACCACCACGCUCGAUCGUAA